UUCCUAUCGUCCCUUCUCCAAACGCUGCGUUUCGGGCGAUAUCUGAGUUGAGGGGAUCCGAUAACUGUUUGCAGAGAAGCAUUCAAUCUCUCGCUUGUCGGUACGCAAAAACGGUCAAUUGUCACUUCUCCAAAGGCUGCGUUUCGAUCGAUCUCUGAGUUCAAGGUAAUUGUCUGGGCUGUUGCUAUACUAUGGGUGAACCAUUUACAAUCCAGAUUAGUAGCAAGCUAAUCAAUCAACUUGCUGAUGGUGGUGAAAAGUUGAAGAAGAAAACCAAGAAACCUAGACAGAAGUUACCAGGAGGCCGUCUACAGUCCCAAACUAAGGUAUCUGAAAAGCAGGUUUUUGAUGGUUCUGAAACACGUAAGGGAACUGCUGCUGCAGGAUGGCCACCUCAAUCUCUAUUAUACAUGCCAGUGUCCACUCCACAACCUGCAAUUAGGGAGUUGGAUGCAAUUCGAUCUGUCCUUCAAGAUAGUGAGAGGGUUUUGGAAAGGUUGAAGACGCAGGAGGAGCAUAUGGUGCAGGAAGUAAUGCAGAGAGCCAAGGAUCUCCAUGAUAAGGAGUUCAAGCUUCCAUACCAGAAGCCAAUACCCUGUUUAGCUGAGAGAGAUGCUUGCUUGGAAUGCUACAAGGAAAAUGUGAAUGAUGCCCUGAAGUGUGCCAAUGUGGUAAGAAGUUUUGCAGAUUGUGCCCGCAGAGCUAGGCAGCAAGUUAAUUGAUCGGAAUAGUAGGCUGCUCUAAAGCAAAAUUUUCUAGUCAUAUAUACAUGGAAGCUGGCCAAUGCUGAGUUGAAGUCAACCUUGUUUUUUUGCGGUUCAAAUAAGCCAAACCCUAAUUGUUGUCCCCAUUCUUGGGUUGCAUACUAUAUACUUGUAUUGUCAUUUUUGAUUGAUGUACCUUUUUGCUUCUGUACGCCUGUUCAUGGGUGUAAGGUCACACCCGGUCCCUACCAAUUGAAUUUUCAGAACUUGAACUUCAUCUGCUCUUUCGUUACUGGAUGUCAAAAGGGGGCUUCAUUACACGUCUUUUA